UGAAUGAAGCCGAGCUGCUGAAGCUGAGCUCGGCUGCUUUUUCCUCCCAGAGACGGAGCCAGCAGCGUCCAGGAGCCGCUGAGGACCCAGAGACAGGGGGCCAGACAGGGGCCCCGCUCGAUUUUUCCACAACAUCAUGUCUGUUGCUAAGCAAGAAGUUCUUGGUCAUCAUUUUACGGUCAGCCAAAAUGAGAUCUCUGUUCUGUACCAGAGGGAAACAGAACCUCUAAAAACCAAAAGGACCGAAGAGGAACUAGAACCUACACAAGUAAAAGAAGAAGAGUAUGGAUCAGAGCUUCUGCAGAUUGUGAUGAAAGAAGACCACAUAGAACUGGGGCAAGAGGGUGAUAGAUGGACAGUUUCUGGACCUCUUGAAAUCAAAGAAGAAUCAGAGGAACUAGAACUGAUCGAAAUGAAGAAAGAUGACCAUGAAUCAGAAUCUCAGUCGGCGGUAAAGACUGAGGUUGAAGGUAUCAAUAACGAUGAAAACCAGGAUGUACUGAAGCAGGAAACUAAGACAUUAAUGGGAACAGAUUGUGGAUCUCCUGAAAUCAAAAAGGAAUCAGAAGAACUCGACCCCAAAGAAGUGAAGGAAGAGGAGCAUGGAUCAGGACCUCCACAGAUGGUAAAGAAUGAGGCUGAUGGAAUCAGUCAGGAUGAAAACCAGGAUGUACUGAAGCAAGAGACAAAUACUUGGACCCUGACAAAUUCUAGUGAUGAAACAGAUAAAAAAGCUGAACUAAAUGGAAACAAAAUCCUCAUUCAGAACUUACUUAAUGUGAAGAAUCAUCAGGAAAUAAAGACUUACGAACCCUCGGAAUCCAGCAGAGCUGAACUGCAAAAGAAGAGAGCUCAGAAAAUCAGAAGUCAAAGUGUAGAGAAAGGGAUGAAGGACAAAAACUUUCACAAUGGUAAAAAAUGUAAACAGUGUGAAGUCUGUAGUAAACGCUUCCAAUUCACUAGUGAUUUAACAACUCAUAUGAGAACGCAUACAGGUGAGAGACCUUUCUCCUGUAUAACUUGUGGAAAGAGUUUUAGUCAAAAAAGUAGCUUAUCUACUCAUCAGAGAACUCAUACAGGAGAGAAACCUUUUUUAUGUAUAACUUGUGGAAAAGGUUUCGGUAACAAAAGUAGUCUGAAUAGCCACAUGAGAACUCAUACAGGAGAGAAGCCUUUCUCGUGUUUAAGCUGUGGAAAGAGUUUCUUUCAAAAAAGUCAGUUAUCCAUACACCAGAGAACUCAUACAGGAGAGAAGCCUUUCUCAUGUAUCACGUGUGGAAAAGUUUUCAAUCAAAAAUUUAAUUUGAAUAAUCACAUGAGUACUCAUACAGGAGAGAGACCUUUCUCCUGUGUCACUUGUGGAAAAGGUUUCAAUCAGAAAUGUAAAUUGAAUAACCACAUGAGAACUCACACAGGUGAGAAGCCAUUCACAUGUAUCACAUGUGGAAAAGGUUUCAGUCAAAAAAGUGACUUGUCUGUUCACCAGAGAACUCAUACAGGUGUGAAGCCACUGUCGUGCAUUGUCUGUGGAAAAGGUUUCAGUCAAAGAAGCAACUUGAAAAGACACCUGAGAACUCAUACAGGAGAAAAGCCUUUCUCGUGUAAUACCUGUGGAAAAGGUUUCCAUCAAAAAAGUCAUUUGAUUAGCCACAUGAGAACUCAUACAGGAGAGAAACCUUUCUCAUGCAUAAGCUGUGGGAAGAGUUUCUUUCAAAAAAGUCAGUUAUCUAUUCACCAAAGAACCCAUACAGGUGUGAAGCCGUUGUCGUGUAUGGCCUGUGGAAAAGCUUUCAAUCAAAAAAGUAACUUAAAUAGACACCUUAGAACUCAUACAGGAGAGAAGCCUUACUCAUGUAUCACCUGUGGAAAAGGUUUCAAUCAAAAAUUUAACUUGAAUAGCCACAUGAGAACUCACACAGGAGAGAAACCUUUCUUGUGUAUCACAUGUGGAAAAAGUUUCAAUCAAAAAUGUAAACUGAAUAACCACAUAAGGAAUCAUACAGGAGAUAAGCCUUUCUUUUGUAUAAGCUGUGGAAAAAGUUUCAUUCAAAAAAGUGAUUUGUCUAUUCACCAGAGAAUUCAUACAGGUGUAAAACCUUUGUUGUGUGUCGCCUGUGGAAAAGGUUUCAGUCAAAGAAGUAACUUGAAUAGACACAUGAGAACUCAUACUGGAGAGAAGCCUUUCUCGUGUGUCACCUGUGGAAAAGGAUUCAAUCAAAAAUUUAAUUUGAACAACCACAUGACAACGCAUACAGGAGAGAAGCCUUUCUUGUGUAUCACCUGUGGAAAAAGUUUCAAUCAAAAAUUUAAAUUGAAUAACCACUUAAGAACUCAUACAGGUGAAAAGCCUUUCUUGUGUAUAAAAUGUGGAAAAGGUUUCAGUCAAAAAAGUAAUUUAAAUACCCACAUGAAAAAUCAUACAGGAGAGAAGCCUUUCACAUGUAUCACUUGUGGAAAAGGUUUCAGUCACAAAAGUAAAUUGAGCAGCCACACGAGAACUCAUACAUGAGAGAAGCCUUUGUUGUGUAUCCCGCACGGUAAAGGUUUUAUUUAGAAAAGUAAUUUGACAUGCUACAUGGGAACUCUUUAAGGAGAAAUACUUUUACUUUUUGUUGUUGAGGUACACAAGGGCACAGGAAACCCAGCAGAUUGCAUUGGGUCACUGACCAGCAGAAUAACUAAUUCAAUUAAAUAAAAUUGUAUUUAUAUAGCGCUAAUUCACGAUACACAUCAUCUGAAGGCUCUUUCC